AUGGAGUGCAUCAGCUCUUCGACCACGCGACCCAUCGUCUACGCAGCUGUCAACAAUCGGAUCUACGCGUUCCACUCCUCUGUGUGCGACAUGUUUGCUUCGGAGCUGUUCCAGUUCGAGACCCGGAGCCGGGUAAGCAGCCUCCAGUUCGACGCGUCGACAGAGUGCUUGAUCGUUGGCGCCGAGCGGCACCUGCUAGUAGCCAGCGCCAAGACUGGAAUGACACUAGACGAGCGCCACUGCAGCCUGCUGUCCCUGGCCUACUGCAGCGAGCACCGCGUGCUUUUCACGGGCGAGAAGCUGAAGGUCGACAGCGAGGGCGAGGCCGCGAAAAGCCGCCUGGGCGUCUUCAGGCUGCGGCGCAAGGGGGUGCUGCAGCUCCUGGACGACAGGGCGGAGGCUUGCAAUCGCUUCGGCGACAGGAUGAUCUACAGCCUGGCGUGCGACUCCAAGGAGAAGCUGCUUUUCGUCGGCAGGAACUACGGGGGCAUCUCCGUCCUCCGCUGGCAGCUCGAUGGCAGCACGGACCACCUCGUGGAGGUGGACGCCGGGGGGGCCAGCAGGCAGGCCAGAGUCUCCUGCAUGUCGUACGACGAAGCGCGGAGCGUCCUCUUCGUCACUACUGGCGGCGACAUGCGGGUCUGGGCUUGGCGCGCAAAGCGGUCCACGACCCCCACGGCGGGGGCCGUGGGGGAGGGCUGGGCCAGCCAGCUCAGAAAAUCGCUGAGGAGACUGUCGAUGCGCGGAAGCACUACCGAGCGCCGCGAGCUGCACCACGAGCUGCGGGCGCUUCGGGAGCCCUUCUCGGCGCACGACGGUAAGCCCAUCAUUCGCCUGCACUACGACCCCGUCCACCGGUACCUCUUCUCCAACGGCAAGGAGGGCACCAUGAAGGUGUGGCGCGCAGACCUCGACGGCGGCGAGCUGGAGCUUGCGGGCAGCGACCGGGGGGCUCAGGCCGUGUGCGCCAGCUUCGACCCGCACCAGGGCGUGGUGCUCGUGGGCGGCAGGGAUAAGGCCUUGCGCGCGCUGCGGGUGGGGGAGCGCGGCCAGCUGCUCGAGUGCCACCGGGCAAGCGAGCCCGCCGGCGGCACCUACACCGCGACGUGCCUCGCGUACGCGCCGGAGUGCAAGACCCUGCUGGUGGGCGGCAGCGACGGCGCCCUGCGCGGGCUGCAGGUCACGCGCCUCGGGCCGCUGGUGCCCACGUUCGCGGAGGAGGGCGCGCACGAUCGGCAGGGCGUCGGCUGCCUGGCCUACGACGGCGAGGAGCGGCGGCUCUUCAGCGCCGGCAGGAUGACCGACGCGAGACUCCGCUCGUGGCGCCUGAGGCCAGACGGCACCCUGGAGCCCCUGCACACCGCCGAGUUCGAGUACGGCACCGUCGAGUGCAUGAGCUACGACUCCUUCGAGAAGGUGCUGGUCACCGGCGGCAGCGACGGGACGCUGAUCGCGUGGCGCGUGGGGGGCGUCGCGGGAGGCAAGGAGGUCAUGGCGCAGGCCUGCAGGCGGGAGGGCGCACACGGGGCCGACAAGGUGUCGUGCCUGGCCUUCGACCACUCGAGGCACCUGCUCUUCAGCGGCGGCCUGGACAAGGCCAUCCGGGUCUGGUACCUGCACGGCGGCUGCUUCGACCUGCGGUACAGCCAGGAGGACGCGCACUGCGAGGGUCUGGUCGGGGCCCGCGUCUGUGGCCUGGACUACUGCCCCAGGCUCGAGCUGCUCUUCAGCGUGGGCUGGGACGGCAGGCUGCGGCUCUGGCGCGUCUGCCCCAGCGGCUGCCUGGACGAGGGCAUGCGGCGAGAGGUGGAGAUCUUCGACUCGGCCGCGUCCGCGGCGAGCGCAGCCUCGACGAGGAAGGCGCAGUGCGUGAUCUCCAGCAGGGAGACGAACAGUGUGCUCGUGUUUGGUGAAGCCAACGUCAACCGAGCAUUUACCAUAGAUCCGUCCACGCUGCUGGUGUCGGAGAGCUAUUUCCCUUGUAACCUAUUUAGAGGUGAUGCGGUAGCCGUGACCUCGGCACCAAACGACAAGUUCGAGUUUAUUUGGAUGUUGACAAAUAACGGGGUGGUUAUGGCAUUCAGCGGCCGGCUGUUGUCGUUCGGCCUGGAUGCGGCCUGCCCGCCCUCUCUGCAGAAGCCGAGGGGCUACCUGGACUACCUCCGGGAGUUCGAGUUCAUCGAGAAGGCCAAGUACCAGUUCCGGGGCUCCGUCGCCGUCAUCGCGAGCCUCGCUUGCAUGUUUGUUGGCCAGGAGCACUUCCAGAACAAGGCGCUGCUCUUCCCCGACAAGAUCGGACCCAGCCUGGUGUACGUCCUGAUGGGCCUGCUUCUGAUGGUCGGCUGCGGCGCGGGGUUCCUCCCGCUCAUGGUGCCGCUGCUGGACCUGAUUCCCUGCGACCAGGGCAUCCUCCAGGCCGAUCCGAAGGUGCAGUGCCGCGGCUUCGAGCACUUCGCGCUGUGGCUUGUCCCAGGCUUGCUGAGCGCUGCGGUGCACACCUACAUCUCUGUCCGCUUCGUCCGCUCCCGGUAUAACCUUGACGGGAUCGUCUUGCGGCGGUCUUAUCAAAUCUUGGACUGGACGAGGGACUCCAUGACGAUGUCCAACCAGCUGCCCCGGAGCCACCCGCUGGUGCUGAAGGACUGCACCUACGACAUCGGCGCCCUGGCCGCCGCCUUCCUCAUGCAGGCGGCCAUGGCCUUCUCGCCCUUGCUCACGCCAGAGCCAGAGUGGCAGAGGUUCUGGCAGUCGGUGGUCACCGUGCUCUCCGGCCUGAUGCUGGUGUUCAACUCGUGGACGUACGACCGCUUCUUCGACCCGGGCCCCACCCGGGCGCUGCCGCUCCCGGGGGGCCUGGAGCCGAACGCCCUGCAGACCGCCUGCGACCUCGGGAUCCUGUGGUGCUAUCCGAAGUUCGUCGCGGCAUCGGCGGUCGUCAUCUUUGGGAGCGACGUGCUGAAGCGCCGCAUGUUCGCUACGCUACCCUGGGCCUGUAGAUCUUCUUCAUGUUCCUCGGAUACGGGCUGCGCGCCGCGCGCUCCCGCAGGAGGGCGCAGCACGAGCACGGGCCGGUGA